CAAGGGAGGUCACUAUUAUAAUCUGAAAAAAAUGGCAAAGUUCUUCAGUCAGACCGAUAUAGAUCUGUUCAAGGAGUGUUUCUUCUUCAUUGCAAAGAGAGGCUACACGCAAGAUGAACACCAAAUGGGACAGAUUAUGAGGUCUCUAUCAUACAGCCCGACAGAGGAAGAAAUAAAAAAGUAUUUCCAAAAAUAUGUGAAAGAUGACAGGAUUGAUUUUGCGUCUUUCCUGGAGGUGAUGCAUGAACAUAACAUGAAGGAAAAGGCAGUAAAAGAGAUCAUCCUGGCAUUUAAAGCCCAUGACACUGAAGGUCGGGGUUACGUCCAAACAAACGAGGUCAAGAACAUCCUUGCCAAUCUCGGAGAACAGCUGACAAAGCGAGAAGUGGAUGCACUGUUUCGCGAUGGCGGUGUGAAUGGAUCCCAGCUACGAUACCAAGACUUCAUCAACAAUAUUUCACAACCUGUCCCUGACUAUUAAAUAGUCCCUGGCUAUUAACUCAUGAUUAUUGUUUAUCAUUCUGUUCUCUUUCAAUACAAAGUUAUGCAUUGGAAUUUUAAUAUUUAGAAAGACUUUGUUAGCAACGUUACGCAAUCUGUUCCCAAAAAUUGACUCGUUAUAAUUCUUUUAUAUCUUGACUUAAGAUACCUAACGAUAGAUUGGACUUCAAAUUCCAGAAAGUCUGUAUAAACAGUGUAAUGCAUUUUUUUUCUAGACUAUUUACUCUUUAACAUGAUCAUGUUUUCAUAUUCUUCAGAAACGUCAUUAUGAAUUUGAUUUAAAAGCAUCAAAACUUUUCAAACAUUGUUACACAUUCUGUUUCAGACUAUUAUCACAUUAGGUAAAUUUGUAAACAGAUGAGAUAUUUAAUUUAAAAAAAUGUCUCAAGUAAUGAAGGAGUAUCCCUCUGUAUGAAAUACAAUUGAUACCUUAUCGAUGUAGACUAUGUUUAAUCAGCAAAGAACUCUAUAUAUCUUAUUUUGUAAGUUUUUCACCAUGCACUGUUUCUUUUUUUUACUGCUAGAAUAUAUGAUUCAGUUUUGCUAUUUGCCUUUUUGACUACUAUGCACUUUUGUUGCUGUUAAAUAUCGUAAAUUAAAUUGACAGUAAAACUGUAUAAUAUAUUUAUUCUUAACAUGUAAGACUUUUUGCUCUGGUUGUAAUUACUAAUGAAUAGCACGCCGUCUGAUGACAUACAUUCCGAAAUCUUUAAUGCAUAUCUUAUAUAUUGUUCCUUUAUUUACGUUAUGAUACAGAUAGUAAAUGUUUUGUGAAGAAAGUGUUUUGUGAAUUUAAUUGAUAUCUUUGCUGUGUUUUGUAAUUUAUAUUUAUGCAACACUAUUUUUGUAAUAAACAAUUUUUAUUUG